GCUUUGCAAUCUAUUGGAGAUAUAUACAGAAUAUAAAAAUGAACUAAGCAGGAGCAAGUAAGAUUUAUACUAAGUAUCUGCUACUUCUUAGACUGAAUACGAAAAUAAACUGUUAUAUGCAUUUAGUAACUGGUAUAUCCUUCAUACGUUUCAUAUACACACACAAAUACAUCAAAGAGAAUGCAAUAUCUGCAUAAACUUAAAAUCGAUUAUACCCCGUCAGAAUAUCCUUAAAACCAAUUUAAUUAGGGGGUGUGUUGAAAUAUUUUGAUCCUGCGAACGCUACAUUGCCGAGAAUCUAUGGCCUUAUACACUGGCCAAUUCAUGAGAGGAAAACUUCUGACCUGCAAUUACAGACAACUAUCAGGAGAAAAGAACAUCAUGAUUUGAUGCCAAGGACGAGGUAAUGAAUUUACGUCUCUGUUCUUUAAAGAGUAACCUCUUCCCCCUUCCCCCCGUAGCUCACUAGUUGAAGGAUGUCCGUUAAUACACCUGAAUUCACAUUUCAGCCUCAAGGAGACAAACAGGGAUUCAGCGCAGAACAUCGCACUUUUGCCAAGUCCUUUCAAAACAUCAAUACACCUCAAGUUACAGCAAAAGGCGAGAGAUUCUUCUCAAUUUCCAAAUGCAUAGGUGGCCUGGGUGGUUUUCUGCCAGCAGCCGCCUACCUUUAGUUUGUGUGUACAUAUAUACAAGUAUAUAUAGCCAAGAGACGGAUUAAUUAGCCGGGUUUGAGCUGAAGGAGGCUGCAGUGACGAGCCCAGUGGCGAUUGGCCGCCCGCCUGCCUGGCCCUGCCUUUAUAAUUUCCACACGAGAGCAUCUGGGCUCUUAGACUAACCAACAGCCAGCUUCUCCUGACACACACACACACACACACACACACACACCCACCCCGACACCCAGCACUUUUUCCACCAUCUGAUUAACAACCCUGCGCGCACACAGUGAUUACUACAGGAAAACAUAAACAAAUACGGAGAGGGUUUAUUGUUUUGACUACUGGAAGCCUUGCUGUGUCUCAGCUCAACUUUUGUUUUUAUUGCUGCUCGGGAAGUGCCGAUCUCAAUGCUUUGCGCUCACUCAGUGAUCAUUUAAAAAAAAAGGAAAGAAAAAUAUCGCGCCCCACUUCGAGACUGCAGAUCUAAAAAGGCAGGAAGAGAGCAUCUGAGGAGCAGUAGCCACAUCGUAUUUUGAAAGACAUUUAUUACGUUUCAGAGCGCUGCAGCCUGUUUCUCCUCUGAAGUUGGCUCCAGCCUUAGCAGCCGCAUUGGAUCCCACAGCUUACUGCGAGACUCCGGUAUAUAAUCCGGAUCUCUGCCCCAAUAUGAUCGCGGCCCAGGCCAAGCUGGUGUAUCAUCUGAAUAAAUAUUACAACGAGAAAUGCCAAGCCAGGAAAGCCGCCAUCGCCAAAACUAUCCGAGAAGUCUGCAAAGUGGUUUCGGACGUGCUAAAGGAAGUGGAGGUGCAGGAGCCCCGUUUCAUCAGCUCUUUGAACGAGAUGGACAACCGCUACGAGGGUUUGGAAGUCAUUUCUCCCACAGAGUUUGAAGUGGUGCUUUAUCUGAACCAAAUGGGAGUUUUCAACUUCGUGGAUGACGGCUCUUUGCCGGGCUGCGCCGUGUUAAAGUUAAGCGACGGGCGCAAGAGGAGCAUGUCCCUUUGGGUGGAGUUCAUCACGGCAUCUGGUUACCUUUCCGCUCGCAAAAUCCGGUCCAGAUUUCAGACUCUGGUAGCCCAAGCCGUGGAUAAAUGCAGUUACAGAGACGUGGUAAAGAUGGUGGCUGACACGAGUGAAGUGAAACUGAGAAUCAGAGAUAGAUAUGUCGUGCAAAUCACCCCGGCUUUUAAAUGCACAGGGAUCUGGCCAAGGAGUGCUGCCCACUGGCCACUUCCCCACAUCCCCUGGCCGGGACCCAACAGGGUAGCAGAAGUCAAAGCUGAAGGUUUCAACCUUUUAUCUAAGGAGUGCCACUCGCUAGCAGGCAAGCAGAGUUCAGCCGAGAGUGAUGCCUGGGUGCUGCAGUUCGCAGAAGCCGAGAACAGACUGCAGAUGGGCGGUUGCAGAAAGAAAUGCCUCUCUAUCCUCAAAACCUUACGGGACCGUCAUCUGGAACUGCCGGGACAACCCCUGAAUAAUUAUCACAUGAAGACUCUGGUUUCAUACGAGUGUGAAAAGCAUCCCCGGGAAUCGGACUGGGACGAAUCUUGCCUCGGCGACCGACUCAACGGGAUUUUACUGCAACUCAUCUCCUGUCUCCAAUGCAGGAGGUGCCCACAUUAUUUCUUGCCUAAUUUAGACCUGUUUCAAGGAAAACCUCAUUCAGCCCUGGAAAACGCAGCCAAACAAACUUGGCGUCUGGCUAGGGAAAUACUCACCAAUCCGAAAAGUUUGGAAAAACUUUAGAGGACAGUUAAAAUAUGGGCCUAACUGAUUAGUCUUCUGAUUUUCAGAUAAAGUUUAAACUUCCUGUUCAAAAAGUAAAAUAUUUCCACUCGAAAAUGCUAAUAUUUUCUUUAAGAGGAAUAUUGCUUAGGCUUUUCUCUCUCUUACACACAAAGACACGCAGACACACAAAAGAGCAAACACUAUGACAUGUUUUCAUCACAGUUUUGAAAUUCCCUCUGAAAAAAAUGUAUGUUAACACCCGGAGACAAAUUCGGCUGUAAUUUAAUAUGAUUGUGACAAUUCUACGUAGAAACGGUACCAAUGGAUUAUAAAAAAACCCGGUAUUUUUAUGUAAAUUCUUCUGUGAGUAAAAGCUAUUUGGAUAUGCCGUCUGAACAAAACCUUAAUGUACAUUUUAAUUUGUAUCAAAUAUUGUGAUCUCACAUUGUCUUUGAAAUUGUGGAUGUUGGUGUUUUGUGAUUUGGUGAACAGAAGUUAAAUUGCCAUUUCGGAUACUUCAGGACAUUUUCUGCUAAAGAAGAUACCAUUUAAAAAGGUAGAUUUUAUCAUGGUACUUUUGUUAAUUGUCUUUUGAAGUGUCUGAACUUAAAAGUUUACAUUUUCCGUUUCAUAUAUAUUGCUUGUUCUAUUUCUAACAUUCCAUAAAUAUACUUGAAAUGUUAUUUAAAUAUAUUCAAAAGAAAUUUGGAUUCUGCUUAUAUAAUAACGCUUGAAUAUUGGAAUUAUAUAUUUGAAAAAUGCACUUGAAAUACACUGGAUAAUGACUUUUUGUGAUUUAGAUUAUAAUUUCUGUUGCUGAUUUUAUUUAAUUACAAGCUAAUAAAUGAAGUAAAAUAAAUAUUGUUAAGCGUUUCAAAACUGGAUUAAGUUUUCUAUUUGAAAAUCACGCCAAUGUUUUGCAAAUCACAUCCUUUUGUCGAACCCUGCUUAAAUCCAGUGUGCAAUGGCUAAAGGGAGCAGCCCUUUUCCUACUGAUUAGUUUCGUGGGAAAAGAAAAUAUUGGUGUAUCAUAUGCACCACAAUUUAAUGUGGUAAUUAACAGAGUAACCAACACUUUCUAUAGGUGUCAAAAAUAAAUUUACUUUUGAAAGAUUCACUGUACUAGAUUAAUGUUUCUCCAUGGUUUUUAGCUGUAUUGAGGGAGAAAAAUAGGACUGAAGCAAAGGAAACUGAAUGAGCAAUGAGUAAUUCCUGACAAAAAUCAAUAUUUUGGAGAAAGUAAGUAAUAAAGAAAAAAGCAACAUUUACAGGUGAAGGGGUCAAGCCAGUAGCAGCAAAAUGAAGAACAAUAUAACUUCCGACCUACAAAUCCACUAUGGAUGUAACAAGGUUGCAAGUUGCAUAUGUAGAAAUCAACUCUGACGUUCCAAAGGCAUCCGGGGAGAAUAGCAUGUGUACACUCAUACAGUUGCAAGCUAUUACAAACGGUCUAUUCAUACUCCAGCACGAUUAUUCAGAAUGUAUAUUUCUUUGAAGUAUUUUAAGAUUUAAAUGCAUAACACAGAUUCAAAAUAGCAACGAACAUAAUUUAGUAAAAAACUUAAUAGUCAACAAGUGCUGAACCAAGAAAAUUAUUGCCGGUGUGAUGUCCCGUUAUAAGAAGUCAUAGUGGGUGGAUGUUAGUGAAACUGUUAUAAUGGUUACUGUGUAAUAAUCUUUUAUAUUUAUUCCGACGAGGACGUUCUCAAUUUCAGACAUUAUUCCUCAACAGAAACCCCACUUUAUUAAAACACACGUGCUUUCAAAAACGAUAACUGCAUUUUUAAAAAGUUAUCAUUGAAACACAUUUACAGUAAAUGAUUUUUUUUUUGCAAAAAAAAUAUAGGAAUGACUUUUAGAAGCAUCUCCUGUAUUUUUCUCUCCUACACGAAGAAACUUGUAAAACUGUUUUGUGACUGUAUAGAGAAUAAAGCAAUAAUAAUAAGCAGAAACCACAUGGAAAAAAAGAUGACAUAUAUCCCUAUAACAAAUAUCCCCACCACAUGUAUGCUCCAUUUAAAUUCAUUUUUUUAUUCUCAACAGUAAAACAGAAAUGUAUGUGAAUAGCUCUUAACUUGGUUAGAUCUGCUUCUCUUGCAGAUGUCAAGGAGUUUUGUAAUAUUAAAUUUUUUUAAAAAAUAGAGAUUUCCCAAGAAUCAGCUGCUGUGUUCAGGCCCAUAUGAUAGCCAUUUUCCUUUUCAGACAGUGAACACUAAAUUUCAGUAUUCGAACAGACAACAUUUAUUAAAACGUGCAAGUAUUUUCCUAUUUGGAAACUCGUGUUCUUGGAAUAAAGGGAUUCUAUAAAAUCCACUUCAAGAGCAAAGCCCAUCAUUGUGUCUUAGAGGACCGCGGUCUGGGACCGCUGUUACCUCAAGGGAUUUCAGAGCAAUUGGCUUAACUCCUAAAUCUGCCCGUGUUCAUACAAAGGCAUUCAGAGAAAGAUUGUUAAAAAUGUGCACGCUGUAAUAGAGGAUUUGCCAUCAUUAAUACAUUUCGCUUUUUAAUAAAACACAGUGAAAGACCACAGGAGUAAGGCGUUUGGGGGAGGAGGGGACCUUUCGCAUCGGAGGAUGUUCUCCGGACAGUGUUUAACAUACAAAUCGCUUUCAGACCAUGUCUAAUGUAAACACACCCAGGCAACGAGGAAACGCA